CUCAAUGCAUUACAAAUGUUAUAUGACACCUCACCAAUUUUUGGCUACAGAAAAUGCUUAGAUUUGUCACCGGUUUUUUUUCCUUACUUCCUCCUUGUUGAACAUUUCUCUGUCAACACACACACACACACACACAGAGCGAGAAACACACCGAACGAUUACGUUUCAUCUCUGCUGUGAUGACGUGACAUGCAACAGUAGCUGUAGAUAAUCUGUUAGAUUUUUGUUCUAAUAAGCCACUUUCUUUUUUCUUCUUUUUCUUUGGGUUGAAUUUCAUGGGUUUCAGUUAUGCAUUUACAUAAGCAACAAAGAUUUUAGUAACAUUUUCCAUCUUUCAUUAAUAAAAAAGCAAGCAUCAUUCACUGAGAGAGAGACAGAGAUAGAGAGAGAAACUUGGCCCCCCCUGGAUUUCUGGGUUCUUUUUCUCGGUUUUUAUUUCUUUUGGGGAAAUUUUUCUGAACAAAGACGUCAUCCUUUUUUGCCUGAAACAUGAAAAAGGGCCAAAAGAAUCGGUGUAUGUGAAGAUGGGAAUUUAAAAAAGUUUUCUAUUUUUGAUCUCUGCUUAGGAGGAUAAUUAAGCAAAGUUUCUUUCUUUUUUGAUGUGGGUCGCUUCUGUUAUUCAUUGAAUUGGAAGACAAGUCUUUUGAAUCGUGUGGGAGUUUUCUUGAAGGAAAUUUAGUGGGAAUUUGGCUUGGGGAGAAAACAACGCCGGAAUUUCCUGUUUGCCGGUGGCCGGCUGAAUUGAUUGUGAGAACAUAGAAUAAUAAUCUCAAUAAGGCAAUUAAGGAUAAAAAGGAAAAGAAAAGGAAUAAGGAACUUAUCUUUUUCUAUUUUUCAAGGAAAAAAACAGGGGAAGGAAAUACUGAUUAAGACUUUUUCCUUUUAUUUCCUUUUUCUUUGGUUCUCUUCUUUGUGUUUGUGUGUUUUAUAAAUUUCUUUUUCUCUUCCCUUCCAUAAAAAUGAGUUGUCCAAACGUCAAACAGUAGUAAUCUUGUUUUCUUCUGUAGACCGGUUUGUAUCCUCUUAUAAGAGGCAAAAGAGAAGAAAUUAGGAGAAUCCCGUUAAUUUCUCUCUUCCCUCGAGUCUCUCUCUCAAUUCCUCUCUCUCCUCCUCCUCCUCCUCCUUUCUCUCUCUCUACAUCCCUCUUUUUGCCUUCUCUGUUUUUGGUGUUCGGUUUCCUUUUUAGCCUUUCCGGGGCUCCUCUGUUUUCAGGGCCAAGGGAGAGGAAUUUGUAAAGUCUCUCUCUCUCUCUCUUUCUUCCCGGCUGGCCUUCUAGACGUGUGGUUUUCUCCUUUAUUUUGAUUUUUUCUUUUCAAGAAUCAUGAUUUUGGAAAAGGGUCCAAUGCAAUCAAACUUGGGAUGCUUUUUGGAUUGUAUAACACCAGUGGUUCCAUCCCAAUUCUUGAGCAAGGUUGUUUGUUUUGUCCUUUGUUGUUUUUUUUUUAUUGGGAUUGUUGAAUUCUGGGGGAUCAUGAGUAUUCUUGUAUGAAUGUUUGAUCUUUCUUUUUUGUUUGUUGUGUAUGAUUAAUGUUAUGUCGCUCCAUUUUUGUUUUGUCUUGUCUUGUCCUGCUGCAGAGUGAGAUGAGUAAUCUGAAUACGCUUUGGCAUCCAUGGGAAAGGGAGAAAGUUGAGUACUUCACAUUGAGUGAUCUUUGGAAUUGUUAUGAUGAAUGGAGUGCUUAUGGUGCUGGUGUGCCUAUUAGUCUAGAUAAUGGAGAAACAUUAGUUCAGUAUUAUGUGCCUUACCUCUCUGCAAUUCAGAUUUUCACCAGCAAUUCCUCUGCAAAUUGCUUAAGAGAGGAGACUGAUUCUGUGUGUGAGACCAGGGAUUCCUAUAGUGAUUCAUUCAGUGAUGAGAGCGAAAGUGAAAAGCUUUCGAGAUGGGAUGGAUGUUCAUCCGAAGAAGGACUCUCCGAUCAUGACAGUCUCUGGCAUGUAAAUGAUAGAUUGGGCUGCCUUUACUUCCAAUAUUUCGAGAAGUCUACACCUUAUGGAAGGGUUCCUUUGAUGGACAAGAUCAGUGGCUUAGCUCAAAGAUACCCUGGAUUAAUGUCUCUGAGAAGCGUAGAUCUUUCACCGGCUAGUUGGUUGUCUGUUGCAUGGUAUCCGAUAUAUCAUAUUCCAAUGGGUAGAACCAUUAAGGACCUGUCCACAUGCUUUCUAUCAUACCACACCCUUUCUUCUUCUUUUCAAGAUACAGAGCUUGAUGAGGAGGAUGACAUGAUGAAUGUUGUAAAGAAACGGAAGGAAGGGGAAGGCAUCCCUCUUCCUCCAUUUGGAAUGUCCACUUACAAGAUGCAGGGCACCGUGUGGGUCUCAGACAGGAGUGGGAGGGACCAAGGGAGGCUGGUUUCACUAUUCAGCGUGGCGGAUUCUUGGUUAAAGCAAUUAGGUGUCCAACACCAUGACUUCAACUACUUCACAGGGAGCCGCCGUGGCUGAAAACUCCUCCGCCAUUGACUGAAGAGGUGGUAAUUUUGAAGAGUGUUUAACUAAAUGGAUUUGACUGUAGUUUCCUCCGGCUCAGGGGAUGGAUGGAUGAUGAUGCACCUUUAGUGUUGAGAUUGCUUUUAACCCUUAUGAAACUAAUUUGCCUUUUGUUGUGAGGCAACUUGUAUGAAUUCUCUUACUUCCUUUCUUUUUUGGCUUUGACCUUUUAGCUUUAAGUGUUUUUGUAGAGGGAAACAAAAAGGAAAAACAACCAAAAAAAAAAAAAGUACAAAGAAAUGUUUGUUCCUUUGUAGGAGAAAAAAGUCGGGGAUCCUAACUGUGAACUGAUGCUGCUUGUACCUUAGCAAUGAUGUAUAUGAUACGAUCAACAAUUGCAAGCCUGCAGGGUUUUCCUGUUUGUAAUUUGUAUAUAUUUUUUACUGCUACAAAAACCUUUUCCCUUCUGUUAAAUUUUUUCAAGUAAAUGCGAGUUUCUGAUGAAUUAUGAGGUGAAAAUCACCGUUGUAUUAGUAAAAUACGAUUUGAUAUGAGACGGAGAAUUUAAUGGUAC